CUUCACCGGCCCCUUCGCGAGUGAGCUCGUCCCUUCCGUCGGUGGACACCAACAUUAUCUCAAGGCACGCCAAAAAAAAAAAAAAAAAAACGGGCAACCGAGUGCAGGUGUGGAAAAAACUCGCCGCAACAUGCAAAGACUGCAGCUGUUGAAGGAAACUUUCUUUGGCUUGGAUGCUGUCCAGCAGCAGCUUGUAAUAGGUACAGCUGUGGCAGCAGGGGGGAUACUGGGAUACAUAGUACACAAAAGAAGACAAGUCCAAACUAUUCCUCUUGGUGAAGGUUGGUGGGGAGCUGGAGAGAGACCACUGUCAGAGGAUGACAAAAUCUAUCCCUUUGAAGUGCAAACCUCAGAUGAAGAGAUUGAGGACCUUCAUGAGCGCAUUGACAGAACCCGCUACACUGAUCCUUUAGAAGAUAGCGGCUUCCAAUAUGGCUUCAAUUCCACUUACCUCAAGGAAGUGGUUUCCUACUGGAGACACAAGUUUGACUGGAAAAAGCAGGUGGCAGUGCUUAACAAGUAUCCACACUUCAAAACCAGAAUAGAAGGAUUGGACGUGCAUUUCAUCCAUGUGCGGCCACCACGCCGUGAGAAUCAGAAGGUUCUGCCUCUUAUGCUUGUUCACGGCUGGCCUGGCUCCUUCUAUGAGUUCUACAAGAUUCUACCACUUCUCACAGAGAACCAGGACGGUGUUGUGUUUGAGGUCAUAUGCCCAUCUAUCCCAGGCUAUGGUUUCUCAGAGGCCCCUCAUAAACAAGGAUUUGACAGUCUCGCUGCUGCCCGAGUUUUCCUGACACUGAUGGAGCGUUUAGGGUUCUCCCAGUUCUAUCUGCAGGGAGGAGACUGGGGCUCCUUCAUCACUACCAACAUGGCACAGAUGAAGCCCCAGUGUGUGAAAGGUCUCCACUUAAACAUGUUUACGUCAAGAAGGGGGUUCAAAGUGCUGUUGUCCCUUGUGAUUGGUCCUUAUUUUCCCUUCCUGGUGGGCUUAAGUCUGGAAGAUGUCCGCCGUUUGUUCCCUUUCUUCGAGAAGAAUGUCUGGAACAUCCUGAGGGAAACAGGCUACUUUCACAUUCAGGCCACUAAACCAGACACUGCAGGUUGCGGAGUGAAUGACUCUCCUGUAGGUUUGGUUGCCUACAUUCUGGAGAAAUUCUCCACCUGGACUGAUCUGAGGAACAGCGAUCUGGCCGAUGGUGGACUGGAGAGGAAAUUCAGCCUGGAUGACCUCUUUACAAAUGUCAUGAUCUACUGGACCACAGGCUCCAUGGUCUCCUCCAUGCGCUUCUACAAAGAGAACUUUAAGAGUAAUCCGGAAAAAAGAGUGGAUGCAAAGACGGGGAUAUAUGUGCCCACUGGUCUGGCUGCCUUCCCUGGGGAGCUGAUGCACUGCCCUAAAUCGUGGGCGCAAAAUAGGUAUCAAAACAUCUACUCCUACACUUUCAUGCCUCGAGGUGGUCAUUUUGCAGCUUUUGAGGAGCCCCAGUUGCUAGCCAACGACCUUGUCCAGUUUGUCAAAAAAGUGGAAAAGCUCUGAACCCUUUGAUGCGCUCUCAAUCAUACCAUUAUUAAAUUGGUCUUUUUUUUUUUU